UUUUAUUGUGCAAGGGGAGACUUAGUUUUCAGGCAAUAAGAAUAUGGCACCACUUAUGAAGAGCAUUUUGCAUUUUCUUCAUCCUUCUUCUCAUCAUGUCCAUGAAAUGUACAGGGCCUGUUAUUUCAUAUGCAAUGGGUGCAGGGGAAUGGGCUAUGGCGCCAGAUACAGGUACAUUCCUUGUUACUUUGACCUGCAUGAAUGCUGCGCAACCUGCCGUGAAUCCCUACCACAGAGCCACGUACACCCAGAGCAUGGCUUGGAGAGGGAAGUGCACGAGGAAGACAACAUAAAUGACAACAUUCUGCUCUGCGAUAUAUGCAAGACCCAAGUUUUGAAAUUGUUCUACACAUGCAAGCACUGCGACUUCGAUGUGCAUCCGUUGUGCUCGAAAUUGCCUUGUAACGUAUUGCAUAACGAGCAACCCCACCUCCUGAAGCUUCUCCCCAAGCCAGUUGUUGGUGAGUCUCUCAAAGGCUCGGAUUCUUGCCUCGAGUGCCGCAAAAAGUGUUUGUUUUCAUGCUUCCAUUGUGCUCCUUGUGGUACAAAUCUGCACCUCCUUUGUGCCUUCAAUCUGGCUAUCGAUGCACCCCCACCCUUGCAUUUUCGGAAAGGUUGUAUUCCUCACCUUGGCUCCGAAGGGCGUUCAGGUUCUCAUGGUGAACAAAAUAAAAAAGAUGAAAAGAAAGAGACGGUUUUGAAGAGAUUGGAAGAAGUGUCCUUAAGAAUAGUGCCACAUUAGGAGGGGAAAUCAAAAUUUGUCAAUAAAUUGUAGUGUGUGAGCAUUUUGUUUCAAGGUCUAGGAACUCAGCCAUUGGCACCAUGGCAUUUAUAGGUUUUGGGAGUUUGCUUUGUGUUUGGCUGUCUUGCUUCUUUUAGUUUCAAGAUGUGAAAUAAUCUCUGCAGGCCAAGCUUUCUAUGUUUCCCCUAC